AUGGAAAAGCUUCUACUAAUUUCUCUGAUAAUUUUGAUGACUGCCACGUCAUCAGUGUCAUCCAUCAAAUGUCACCAAUGCGGUGGCGCUGAAAAGAUACCGGGAUUCGCAAAGUCUGCGUUGAACAAGCUGAAUAUCAGUAUUGAUAGUCUCUUUGGAGAUUGCAAGAAAACUUCUGGAAGCGACAUGUGCUCUAAUGGAACUUUUUGUCUUAAGAGAGCUAAAGUCUACCAAAUCGGCUACAGUGGUGUCAACUUGAAAUGGACUACUUAUACCAAGGGCUGCGCAACCCUCCGCGAGGAUAACAACCAGAUCCCUACCAACCAAUGCUAUGAGUUGGGACAAGUCAGCAACUCCACUUCAGGAUACACUGCAAAACGUGUCGAUUGCUACUGUCAAAAGGAUUUCUGCAAUUCUGCUAUGAGUCAAGGACCGAUGAUAAGUGCAGCGAUGGUUUUGUUGGUCAAGAUAUUUGUAUAA